CCCACUCUUCCCUCCCUCGCUCAUACCUCCCUUUCUCAGCCAGCCCCAGAUAAGAAGGGGCAGAAGUAUUUCUCUUCGGCCACUUCUGAACAUGCAGCCACCAGAGAAGGAUGUUUCCUCCCACAGAUUUCCUUUUCUCUCAUUCCCCCCGGCAGUUUGGACAUUCACUAUUCCCAAACCCUAAUUCCCAUAACCUCUAUUUUCAUCUCUUAAAUUCAGAUUAGCUUUUCCAAACACAUUUUACAAAGAUAGUAAGGAACUUCAAAGAGAAUCAUGAGAGACCUGCUCAGGGUCAAAGGCAGUGGACCCACCCUGUUCUUCUUCAUCAGCAAGAGAAAGCCAACAACAGAGAAGAAAAUUAAGACCCAGAAGCAGAAGAAGGAGAUGGAUCCCACGAAUUGAUUAGCUCAUCUGAUGUCAUCCUUCACCGUUAUUGAGGAAGGAACGGCAGACCAUCACGGGACAGGUGUUGCUUCAUGUUUCUGCAUUUAAACAAGCGUCUCCCCUGCUGAAAUCAAACAGAUUAAGCUAGCCGAGCCUUCAUGGAUGGACAGUAGGUGCAGAGACAUCCUGAUGUUUUCAUGAGGUGAGUUGGGGUCAGAGUGUGAAUGAGCUUCUUUUGACCCUCUUGCACUGAGAAGAAACCCUUUAAUACGUGUGAAGAGAUCGCUAUGAAAGGUAUAAAUCUCUGCUGGGGUUCGUUGGGACUGCUUUGGACCCUGUCAGUGGUCGCUGAUGCAGCCGGUGUUUCCAGCGCUGAACGAGGAGGAGCUGGAAGAAGAAGAAGUGGUGGUGGCGGCGGCGGAGGAGGUGCAGAGAAGAGAAGGAAGUUUCACCGCAUCCAACAUGGUCAGUGCAGCUACACCUUCAUCCUGCCCGAGCUAGACGGGUGUCUGGGCGGAGCGUCGCCUCCACAGACAGAACAAUAUGGCGUCUCCCGCGGCGGGCCGAGCAUCGUGCAGAGAGACUCUCCACCGAUCGACCGCGAAUGGUCUGCUCAGAAACUGCAGCACCUGGAGAGCACGAUGGAGAACAACACGCAGUGGCUGCAGAAGCUGGAGAAGGUCAUUCAGAGGAGUGUGAAGCCGGGCGCCCCUCACACACCGUCACAUGUCGUUCAGAACCAAACGGCCGCCAUGCUGGAGAUAGGAACAAACCUGCUCACACACACCGCAGAGCAAACUCGCAAACUCAGCGUGGUGGAGGCUAAGGUGCUGAACCAAACCUCCCGGAUAGAGAUCCAGCUCCUGGAGAACUCUCUGUCCACCAACAAGCUGGAGAAGGAGCUGCUGCUGCAGACCUCCGAGAUCAGCCAGCUGCAGGACAAGAACAGUCGUUUGGAGAGUAAGGUCCAGAUGUUGGAGUCUCAGCAGAAAGGAGAGCUGGAGGACAUGAAGCAGGAGAAGAACCAGCUGCAGUCGGUGGUCAGGACUCAGAUGGCGGCCAUCGAUUCUCUGGAGCGUCAGCUGAAAGUCGCCAGCAGUAACAACACGGCUCUGCAGAGACAGCAGGCGCAGCUCAUGGAGUCCGUGCACACACUCAUCACCAUGGUGGCUACUACAGGGUCACCCCCCAAGGAGCGGAUGUGGAGAGAUUGUGCAGAUGUUUAUAAGGCGGGUCACUCUGUCAGCGGUCUGUAUACCAUCUACAUCGGCAACAACACUGAACCUAUGCAGGUGUUCUGCGACAUGGAGACGAGCGGCGGAGGCUGGACGGUCUUCCAGCGGAGGUUCAACGGCAGCGUGGAUUUCCAGAGGAGCUGGAGGGAGUACAAGAUGGGUUUCGGGGACGUGUUAGGGGAGCACUGGCUGGGGAACAAGCUGCUGUUCCUGCUCAGCGCUCAGCGGCAGUACUCUCUGAGGGUGGAGCUCCGGGACUGGGAGGGGAACUCUGCACACGCUCAGUACGACCGCUUCAGCCUGAGCAGCGAGAGGCAGCAGUACAGGCUGUAUCUGCGAGGCUACAGCGGUACAGCGGGGAAGCAGAGCAGCCUGACCACCCACGGGACCGGCUUCAGCACCAGAGACCAGGACCACGACAACUGUGACCACUGCAAGUGUGCCCUCAUGCUGACCGGAGGCUGGUGGUUUGACGCCUGUGGUUUCUCUAACCUGAACGGUAUUUACUACACCGUCGGCCACAACAUCAGGAAGCUCAACGGCAUCAAGUGGCAUCACUUCAGGGGGCCCAGCUACUCCCUGCGCUCCACCUCCAUGAUGGUACGGCCCUACGACUUCUAACAUCACCCCUCACCUCCAUGAUGGUACGGCCCUACGACUUCUAACAUCACCCCUCACCCCCACGAUGGCACGGCCCUGCAUCAUCCUUCCUCCUCUGCAGUACUACGACCCAAAAGCAUCCAAUAAUGCCUCUCUUGUUGUGUGAAACUUCUAAAAACACCCCUCGGCUCCAACAUGGUACAACCCUGACUAUCCCUCAGAUUUACAGCCGUAAAGUGAAAGCCCCUCCGCCUCAGAUUUAUGUUCCUCAAAGUCUUGCUGGAUAUAUUAUUUUGUGUCUCCUCUAUGAGAUGUGGUUUUAGUAACGGAUCCUGGACCCAUGGGGUUGGGCUGAAUAUCAAGUUGGAUGUUUUUUUCAUCCAAAGCACUCUGACAACAACUCUGGAUUUUUAGGACCCCAUAUUUAAAUAAGGGCUCUUUCCGAGACGUCUUUUUCCCGAUGUAAGUCAACGGGGAAAAGACUUGUUGUACUGACACUGAAGUAGGGGGUUUGUCUCUACCACACACAAAGGUGAGGCCAUCAGAGAGAGGCGAGAGAUAAACAGCCUCACCGUCUCACCUCCGGAGAACUGACCAGUCACUGCUUUACAAACCGUCCGACGCAGCCCCCACCCUCGCAGUGAACAUGGAAGUGGUGUCUGAAGACCUUUAGCCCCUCUGAUGGCAGCUUUGUGUUUCAGCCUUUCUGACUUUGACCGUCUCUUGCAUUGGAAACAGUUUCAUCCUCAGACUUCAGAACACCUGCAGGAGGAAACCAUGGAGGUCAUCUUCUGUGACCUGGAGGAGAGUGCUUCUCUGUCCGACUGCGAGCAAUGUGCCAACUGAAGAAGAAAAAACACCGGUAGUGUCACCAAAGAUUAUAGGAGCUUGAGUUGAUACGAGUGUUUCAGAAUAAGACCAGGAGACUUCUGGAAUAUGAAGAAAGACAAAUAAAGCAAAACGUUUGGAUGAAAAAAGUCAGCUCUUUAUGACUUUAUGAAGGAGACUGAUGAAUAAUUGAAGUACAAUGAGACAAGCACCUGGACGUUAUGGUUGGAGCUAUAAAACAGGAAAAUACACCAUAACGUCAAGCAGUUUGAAUCUUUAUGAUCAGAAAUCACUUCUUUUUUAAAUCUGGGAACACUUUAAAUCUCACUGGAGAAAAGAAAGUAGUGAACACUAAGUCCAAACUGAAAGUGUCUUAAUUGGUGCUCAGUGUUGGAAAUAAAGUCUGGAUUAGGAGCAAAGAGCAGGAACGUCUGCACAGAGUUCAACACAACAGUCGUUGAAAUAUUUAGAUCUGGUACAAAGUAGUAGACCGGACAUUUCCCAGCUUCCAGUGCUCGUUUAUCCGUCAUACGCUGUGAGUACAGUUUAGUUUGGACAACAGUCACAGGGGUUAUUGAAACUUAAAAACUGAAGUGCACGAUGUUCAGAUGGAAAGUGUUUGGUUUGAGCAGCUGAUAUUCUGGUUUUAUAUCCUGCGGCAUUCACCUUCAAAAGCCAUGAUUACAGUUCUUCAGAGAGAAGAAUACGUUAUUAAAAUGCACUUUAUGGAACAGCCGGUGGUGGAGUUCAACAGAUCUUUACUCUCUUUGUUUCAGUGUGUUGUUUGUUGUUCUGUUUCAAGAUACUGCAAAUAAAUGUCACCUUUUCAGGCUUUUAUUCACUGAGCAUGUGUAGCAACCAACUGUAAACAGUCUGCAGCGUGUUGUACAAUAACGUCUCUGCCAAUGUUGAUGAAGCCCGUCUGAUUUGGAACAAAAUCAGCUUUCCAAAAGUGAUUUCAUAAAGAU